UGCUGCACUCCACCUAAAAUUCAUCAAAAGGGACAUGGCUAUGGUCUCUCCAUCACGGGUCAAAUUAAGGGUGAGAUAAACCACCAAUCAGGAGCUACAUGUGAAUCCGUGUUCAGUGAAGUGGAAUCUCAUGCCGUAGAAGCCUUGGAUCUCCCUGGCUGUUUUCGAAUGCGCAGUCACAGCUACCUCCGCGCCAUCCAAGCAGGUUGCUCACAGGAUGAUGAUUGCAUCUCUGUCUUCUCCAUGUCUGGCCCAUCAGGACAAACCCUUGCCAGCAGCAUCCUUAAGCCCAACACUUCAUCUUCAUUACCAAAUCAAAGGUCUCCCAUGAGGUCUGCACUUUCACCACCACAGAGAAGUGGUACAUUGGUCACCUAUAGCACUACAUCAGUAGAAGGGGAUACAGAAGACCAAGAGUUGGAAAACCGAAGGUGCCAAGGAAUGAUUAUCAAUCCUUACCUAGAGCACUGGUCCCCAACAAAGGAGGAAGUGCGUGUAUCACUCACUGUAGGGAGACAAAUCAAGCAAUCCUUCAGGCGUGUGUCUCCUGGACCUCUAGCCUCCUCCACAGAGGAUCCUCUUUGUUAUCUUUCUGCACAUACAGGCUGGGGUGAUGAAAGUGAUUCAGACAUUCCACCAUCUGACAGGGUUCCUGAAUCAGCAGAGUCUACACAGUCUGAGAGGGAUGGAGGUAGUCAGCAAACAGAGAUUGGCUCCUUGUCUGGUGGAAUGGUUUGGCCCCUGAUGCAAGACCAUAGAAAAGAUAACAAUGGGGAUGAUGAUCACCAAUUGGCAUCGUCUCAACGUAGUGAACACAGUUGUAAUGAAUCCCUUCUCUCUUCUGAGUAUCCUGAGGGUGAUCAGGCCUCCAGUGCCACAAUGCCACGGAGACUUGGAAGGCCUCGAGCAAAAGAUGAUAGAAGAGCUCGAUGGAGAGCUAGUCUUCAUCGCCUGUUGCAGCUGGAGAAACUAAGAGACCAACUCUACCGUCAAGAGUUGGCCUUGAAAGAAGAAGAGAUGACUCGCCAAAGGGAGGAGCGUGCAAGAGAUAGAGAGCUUCACCGGCAGCUACUUGGUGUGCUUGGUGAUAUUCGAGAUGAACUCAGAAAAAGAAGACAGGAAAGAGCAAUUGCUCAAGAAGGUCAGGCUACUGAAGGCAGAGGCACGCCAUGCAGUGGCACCACCACUACUGGCCGAAGGGCUCGUGGAGGACUAACACGUCCAAGAGGAACACGCAUUUCUUCUGUAUCAGCCACUUUGCCCUGUUCUUUUGCUCAGUUCUUUUUGCAGGAUCCAAGAACUGGGUCUUCUAUGCCAAGCACUAUUGCCAGGGGCAGCAGCGAGAACCCCACCUGGGCUGGGAGCCGUCUCAUUGGCCCCUUGCGCAGGAGGGGACAACCUCGCAGUCGUCCUCGAAUCCAUCCCAAACAAGUAAUGGGGGAUACCCAUGGAUAA